GAAUGGUAACUAAGGUGUGGCACCCAAAUAUAUCAACAAACGGCAAAAUAUGUGUGGAUAUAUUGAACGAGAAAUGGAAGCCAGGUAUGACACUACUAGAGCUCUUGGAAGGCAUGCAGGGCCUCCUAAGGGCUCCAAACCCUGACUCUCCUCUGAGUAUGGACGCGGCUGCUAUGAUGAAGCUAGUUGACCAGACAAUGUAUCUGUCUACUUGUGUGGCGUACACGUAUACUUUUGCAUUUUGUAUGUUGUUUUCAGUCCUAAUGUUGCCCCCUGUGAAAUAGCUGUUUUAAAGUAAUUAUUUUUAAGAAUAUGCAUACUUUUCCCUCAAUGGCCCUUUAGAUCUCUUUUAUUAAAUGAUGAAAUCUGUUUUGAAAAUUUAAUUGAUCUCUAUAUUUAA